AUGUCUUUGUACCACGAAAAACAAAAGCUUCCAUUACUGCGAGACGAGGGAGAGGGAGAGGGAGCCUUUGAUUACUCCCAGAGAGUGCAUAUCCACGGCGGCGAUGAAACGGAGGGGGAGGAAUUCACGGGAACGCCGCCGUUUUCGUGGAAGAAGCUGUGGCUGUUCACCGGGCCGGGGUUGUUGAUGAGCAUAGCGUUUUUGGAUCCGGGGAACCUGGAGGGCGGAUUGCAGUCCGGCGCCAUUGCGGGGUACUCGUUGCUAUGGUUGUUGUUUUGGGCGACGGGGAUUGGGCUGCUGGUGCAGCUCCUGUCGGCGCGCCUUGGGGUGGCCACCGGCCGGCACCUGGCGGAGGCGUGCCGGAGUGAGUACCCUAAGUGGGCCAGGCUGCUGCUAUGGGUUAUGGCGGAGUUUGCCCUCAUCGGCGCCGAUAUUCAGGAGGUGAUCGGCAGCGCCAUUGCCAUCAAGAUUCUCAGUAGAGGCCACUUGCCUCUCUGGGCUGGCGUCUUCAUUAGUGCUUUUGAUUGUUUCAUAUUUCUGUUUCUUGAGAACUAUGGAGUGAGGAAGCUGGAAGCACUCUUUGCAUUCCUUAUCUCAGUCAUGGCACUCUCAUUUGCAUGGAUGUUCGUACAGACCAAGCCCAGUGGUGUUCAACUUCUUCUCGGUAUUGUGGUUCCAAAAAUCAGCUCCAAAACUGUAAAACAGGCAGUGGCAGUAGUUGGGUGCAGUAUAAUGCCUCACAACGUAUUUCUCCAUUCCGCUUUGGUCCAAUCGCGCGACAUCGACACCAGCAAGAUCGGCAAAGUCCGGGAAGCGAUCAAGUAUUACACCAUCGAGUCUUCGGCGGCGCUGGCGAUCUCGUUCGUCAUCAACGUGUGUGUUACAACGGUGUUCGCCAAGUCUUUUUACGGCACCGAGGUUGCCAAGAACAUCGGUCUGGUGAACGCCGGGAAUGCUCUUCAAGAAAAGUACGGCGGGGGGUUGUUCCCGAUUCUUUACAUAUGGGCCAUUGGCGUCCUGGCCGCGGGUCAGAGCAGCACCAUCACCGGCACCUACGCCGGCCAGUUUAUCAUGGGAGGCUUCCUGCACAUGAGGUUGAAGAAGUGGCAGAGGGCGAUGAUCACAAGAACCUGCGCCAUCAUCCCAACACUAAUCGUUGCGCUUGCUUUCGACAGGUCCGAGGAUUCACUCGACAUCCUUAAUGAGUGGCUCAAUAUUCUUCAGUCAAUCCAGAUCCCCUUUGCUCUUAUUCCCCUUCUCUGUCUUGUUUCCAACAAGGAAGUUAUGGGCGUUUUCGCAAUUGGUCCCGUUCUUAAGGCAAUCUCAUGGCUUGUGGGUACCUUGGUGAUUGUGAUAAAUGGAUAUCUAUUAGUUAAUUUUUUCUCAAAAGAAGUUAGUGGACCUGCGAUUAUAUCUUUUGUAGUGGUGUUUACAACUGCAUAUGUUGCAUUCGUAGUAUACCUCAUUCUAAGGGGGAAACCCUAUUUAAAUUGGUGUAGGAAGUGA